AUGGACAGCGAGAAUCAUAAUCCAAGAAGACGGUUCAGAAAGUGGUUCAAAGGAAAGCACAAGAGAGCUGACCCUUAUCAACUGAGUCAGGUUUCAGAUGGGGGUGAAGACGAAAGUGAAGAUUACUUGGAUGAUAUUCUCUUUCAGUCCAUGGAAAUGGAUCCAUGCACUUCAACAAUUGAGUUGAGAGUCUUUGUGGGGACUUGGAAUGUUGCUGGAAGGUCUCCCAUAGGAAGCUUGGCGGUGGAUUUGGGUGAGUGGUUGAAUCUUAAGGAUGCGGCAGACAUGUAUGUUCUUGGAUUUCAGGAGAUUGUGCCUUUGAAGACCCGAAAUGUAAUCGGGGCAGAAGACCCAACCGAAGCAAGAAAUUGGAACGUGCUGAUAGGGAAAACUCUCAACAACGAAUAUGGGUGCCCUUGGUUGACACCUAUAUGGCAUCCGAUUCCAAGUGAGAACUGCCACUACGUGAAAAAUUCUGAACCUGAAAGCAGGAUGAGCAACAAUGAGACGUCGAUGAGAGAGCAAUCAAGAAGCCAACAUGAAAAGCCAAAGGGCGUCAGCAAGUACAAGCUAAUGGCAAGCAAGAAGAUGGUAGGAGUGUUCAUUAGUGUAUGGAUGAAAAGUGACUUGGUCAGCAAGUAUUACAUUUCAAAUGUUAAAGUUUGUUCAGUGGCCUGUGGCAUCAUGGGUUAUUUGGGAAACAAAGGUUCGGUUUCAGUCAGCAUGACAAUCGAAGGAACUAGUUUCUGCUUUGUUGUUGCCCAUUUGGCUUCCGGUGAGAAGAAAGGAGAUGAAGGCAGAAGGAACCAUCAAGUGUCAGAGAUUUUUAGGCGAACGUCCUUCCCUCGAUCUCCUGCAGACGAUGAUAUCCCUCAUCCUCUCACCAUCUUAGGACACGAUCGGAUAUUCUGGUUCGGGGAUCUCAACUAUAGGCUAUACUUGGAGGACAAUUCAGCCAGGCAGCUGAUAAAGAAACUAGACUGGAGAGCACUGCAAGAGUUUGAUCAGCUUUGUAGGGAACGAGAAUAUGGUGGGGUAUUUCAGGGAUGGGAGGAGGGAGCUAUAGAAUUUGCACCUACCUACAAGUAUUCUUCAUCAAAUUGCAAUCGCUACUCAGGUGGGGUUCCAAGCAGAUCAGGAGAGAAGCAAAGGACUCCAGCAUGGUGUGAUAGAAUUCUAUGGUACGGAAAAGGGUUGACACAGCUUUCCUACUUCCGUAGCGAGAGUAAGUUCUCUGACCAUCGGCCCGUCUCUGCCCUCUUCUCUACACAGAUAGAAGUAGUGAACUCUACUAAUCCAAGAGUGGUUGCAAGGCAUACCAUUCUUCCCACCAUACCACCUCCUGUUGAAACCGAGCAGAGCAACCAUGAUAAGGAGGCCGAAUCUACAAUGAUAUCAUUGAUCGUAAAGGAUUUAGAAGCAUCACCAACACAUAAUACAAGAUGUAUAGAACAAAUAGAUGACAGUGAUUGCAGCUAG